AAGCCCAGUGCUUCGCCAAGUGCCGCCUGAAGGGAACUUCCAUCCACGAGAGGGGGACACGCGUCCCUCAGGAAUUCCGGGCAGAGAACCCCUGAGGAAAAGAAGCAACCGGAGCAGCAGUUACUCCUGCAACUGUCGCCUCUAUCCAGGACGUUGCCGCGGCCAAGUACCUGAGGGCUGGCUGGUUACCACACCCCGGUUCCUGUUACCGAUACGGCGCACGAAUCUGGCUGAGUUUGAUCCCGGGGCUAGAGAGCUUCACUCGAGAGGGCACCACCAAAGCAUCUAUCUACAUCACCACUCUCACAUCUGCAAAGCCUGGCUUCCUGCUGGGGUUGCCUUCAGAUGUGGUGCUUAUAAAGACCGUGCUAGAUAGCCUGUGCCAUUCCAGAAGGAAGCCACUCCUUGCAAGACAGCUGGCCAGGGACAACCCAAAACGAGCAAACGGGAGGUCCCCAAUAAUCUGACCUUAUCCUGCUUUUGUGCCAGUCCGCUUGCAUCAUAAGAGAGUAUCUGCCAAACCAGUUGGGUCUUUUCCUUGUGUUUCAAUGUUUGUUCUGUGCCUCUGGCAUCAUCCUCUCCCAAGACAAUGCUUUAAAUAAUCAAAGAUUCCACAAUCAUCUGGAUUUUAUUUUGUGCUAGUAUUUGGCAGUUCUCCAAGCAGUGGUACAGAAAAGACCUCUCUAGAUUCAGCUCCACUGAUCUCCAACAACAGCCCAUGCCAAGUGGAAGAGACCACCAGCUACCGUCUGCUCUGCUGAUGAUUGUCUACAUUGGGACCCUUGCAUGAAACAACAGAGUUUCCACACUGAAACCAACCUUUGUUCUACUACUAACCACCCAGAGUGCAAGGAAAUCUCCUUCUCCUCAGGAUGUCAGUUGUGCGAAGAAAGUUUGGUGAUGACUAUCAGGCAGUGGUGGCUGCACCAUCCCAUCGGAAACGGCAGCGCUUUGUUGACAAGAACGGCCGCUGUAAUGUCCAGCAUGGCAACCUGGGCAGUGAGAACAGUCGCUACCUUUCCGAUCUCUUCACCACGCUGGUGGACCUCAAGUGGCGUUGGAACCUUCUCAUUUUCUUGCUGACCUACACUGUGGCUUGGCUGGUGAUGGCCUCCAUGUGGUGGGGAAUUGCUUAUUUGCGUGGGGACCUAGAUAUACACCAGAGCCCCAGUUCAGGACAUAACCCCUGUGUGGCUAAUGUCUACAACUUUCCCUCAGCCUUCCUCUUCUUUAUUGAGACAGAAGCCACCAUUGGCUACGGCCAUCGCUACAUUACUGAGCGCUGUCCAGAAGGAAUCGUGCUUUUUCUGUUCCAGUCACUGCUGGGCUCUGUGGUAGAUGCCUUCCUCAUCGGAUGCAUGUUCAUCAAAAUGUCCCAACCCAAGAAACGUGCUGAAACUCUAAUGUUUAGCCGUGCUGCUGUCAUCUCGCAGCGAGAUGGAAAACUCUGCCUUAUGUUUCGGGUGGGCAACCUCCGCAACAGCCACAUGGUCUCAGCCCAGAUCCGUUGCAAACUCAUUAAGUCACGACAGACACCAGAAGGAGAAUUCUUGCCACUAGACCAAUGUGAGCUUGAUGUUGGAUUUGGAACCGGGGCCGACCAACUGUUCCUCGUUUCUCCUCUAACCAUCUGUCAUGAAAUCAGUGAUAAGAGUCCCUUUUUUGCCCUCUCGCAAAGAUCCCUAAGGAGCGAGCAGUUUGAAAUUGUCGUAAUCCUUGAAGGCAUUGUUGAAACUACAGGAAUGACAUGCCAAGCCAGAACUUCUUAUACAGAAGAUGAAGUCCUCUGGGGCCACAGGUUCCUUCCUGUGAUGUCCCUGGAAGAUGGCUUUUUCCGUGUAGAUUAUUCCCAAUUUCAUAGCACCUUUGAAGUUCCAACUCCUCCCUAUAGUGUGAAAGAGCAAGAAGAGAAUUUGGCUCUUCCAUCACCUCUGAACACCCCUACUGGGAGUCACAGGAGUCGACGGGAAAAGAUCUCCUCUCUUGACUGUCUCGAAUAUUUUGAAGAGAAAAGCAGCCGCCUUCCCAGCAAACUUCAGAAGCUUUGUACAGGGAAGGUGGAUCUCCAGAGAGGUAUUCCAAGCCUUUGCUCCACCAAUGUUGAGAAAGCUUGCAGCACUGGUGACCUCUUGAAAAUCCAGCAGAUCAGUUCUGUCUGCAACAUGGAGGAGGAAGGUGAAAAGUUGAAGUUGGCUGCCUUCAAAACCAAAUCAGAGCUCCUGGCUCGGUCCACUGGGAACCUCGAAUUCCAGCAGAGACCUCAACUCUUGCAUACCCUAGGGGCAAGAUUGGAGGAUCAUUUGCCUGCCAAGUUACGAAAAAUGAAUUCAGGGCUUUUCUCUUAAAAGAGCAGACAGACAACAGUGUAUGCAGGUUUCCACAGCUGGGGAAUAAGCCAGUCUCCUCCGAGAGGCGCUCUUGAGAUGGGUGAGAUGAGAUUCCUGUCGUUAUUUUCAUGGGUGUUCUGAAGAUGCUGAGCUGACAAAAGUUGGAUUUGGGAAUGACUGUAUGAACUCUUUUCCUGGGUGUGAAGUUUCUUCCUUCGGGAGAUUCCUCACAAUUUCAGGCUUUGAACUUUUCAGAGGUAAUGGGCUGGUUUGGGUGUCCAGGUUAAAUUAGGAAAGUGUGAAAAUUCCUUCGAAUGGUGUCUCAGUUCCUAGUGACUGUGUGGAAUCAUCUUUGACCUCAUAUGGAAGUGGAUUUUCUAUUGCUUCCAACUGGGAUUUUUUUGGACUUCCUAGUCUAGCCUUCCCAGUCUUGGCCAUCCCUCAUGAUAUUUCAUCCAACCAUGAACCAGUCUCACCUUGUGUAGCUUUUCUGGGGUGGCCCAAGGUCAAUUAGGAACUGCCAUCUGCUAAGGGCUAAGCGCAUAUAAAUCUCAUAAAGAAUUAGGAUUCCAAUGGUGAUGGGAACAUAAGGAUCACUUGACUGUAUUUCGUUCUCCCAAAAAGGCAGGCUUCUGAGUCUUGUUGAAUCAGGCAGUAGCAGCAGUCAAGGUCACCUCACAGGAAGACUUUCCUCGCGAUGGGAAUUGCAUGGCAGACUCUGAUGAUGUCAAAUAAAGUCAGUUUUUAUCCCUCCCAAAAGAGACAAAUGAUUUCCAGAAAGGGUAACCCUGUUUGUCUGAAUCAGUGUAAAAUAACUGAUGUGGAAUCCCAGGAAGGCUAUAAGGGAAGAAGUUGCUUCUUUUACAACCCUGCCAGUGAGUAAUCCCUUUAACACAGAAAUGCCUCCAAAACAUUUAAUGUUAAAUGAUUUUGAUUGUGUCAGAAUGGAAAAGUUAGUACCUGAAUGAAACUGAUCAUACUAUCUGUACUGAAUUAAUUUAAUUUCCAUUCAAUUUAAAUUCAAUUUAAACUCCACCCAGUCUGGGACUCCUUUUUUCAUAUGCCACCCAAAAGAGAAGAAUAGUCUGAAAAUGCUUCUAAAUUCUUGAAAUAGAAGUGGAUUUUUCAUUCUGUUCCAUUUCAUUCUUUCUUGCAUUUAACUUUUCUAUUCCAUUACUACUAAUACAAGGGGAAAUACCCUGCUUUCAGAAUUGACAUAUCUGUUGUCCUAUUUAGCCAUCUGGUAGAAUGAAAA